AACAGGCUCUGUGACUGCAGCAGCUUUUCAUCAUCAGGACUGCUGGCUGUUCAUUUGGAGUGAAAGGGGUUAAAUCACGUGUGUGCUGCAGUCAAGUACUUGGAAACUCGUAAAAGUGUCAUUUAAGGAGGACAAAGAAAAGCCCUGUCGUCAUUCAUCCCUCCGCACAGUCGUCCUCACCGGCAGCAUUCAUCACUCCUCUUCCUCACUGCUCCUCCUCUGUCUGCUUGCACGCACCGUGUACUCAACCAGCCUGUGUCUGCGGAACAAGAGGAUGCGGGCGGUCGUGUUUUGCGGCAGCAUCUUGUCUUUGCACCUUUUCCUUUACGUUCACUCUCUGCCGGUGCACGACCGGAGGACCGUCAGCAGGUACAAGCAGCAGCAGAGAUGGCCUCAUAGCAAUCGCCACAGUGGUCUGAAGAAGAGUGGGAGACAUGAACAGGACACGCUAAAUAAAGAGAAGCAUUUGAAGUCUGUACUGGGAUCCAAAAAUGACACAGAGUUUUGGAAGCGCCCUCGCUGUGGAGUCCCUGACUAUCCUACCUUAACACAGGUCGGCCCGUCGUACUACAACCUGAAGAAGAUGAAGGGGGACCUGAGCAAACAGCAACGCAAGAAGCGUUUUGCGCUGUUUGGGGGGCGCUGGGAGAAGACUGACCUCACAUACAAGAUUGUGCGUUUCCCCUGGCAGAUGAGUGAGGACAAAGUGCGCCGUGUGCUCCAGGAGGCAUUAGGUGUGUGGAGUGCAGUGACUCCUCUGAGGUUCAGCGAGGUCACUGGUGAGAAAGCGGACAUCAUUAUUGACUUCAACAGGUACUGGCAUGGGGACAGCUUACCGUUCGAUGGUCCUGGAGGAAUCCUCGCCCACGCCUUCUUCCCCAGGACACACAGAGAGGGAGAGGUUCACUUUGACUAUGAUGAGCAUUGGACAGUAGGCAACGAUGUGGGCACUGAUCUCUUACAAGUGGCAGCUCAUGAGUUUGGCCAUGUACUGGGCUUGCAGCACUCCCUGGAGCCUGAUGCAGUGAUGUGUCCUUUCUACAGUGACUCCUAUCCUCUGCAGCUGAGCGAGGAUGACAAGAGGGGCAUCCAGUAUCUAUAUGGUCCCCCUCUGCACCCACCACCUGAGAUAACUGAGACCAAUGAGUUAGACAUUGGAAUGCCGGACGCCUGCAGGACAGAUUUUGAUGCCGUGUCCAUGAUCAGGGGUGAGCUGUUCUUCUUCAAGUCUCGAUAUGUUUGGCGUAUCCGUGAUGGGCAGCUACAAGGUGGCUAUCCAGCCUUGUCUUCACGCCACUGGAGAGGCAUUCCUGACCACAUCGAUGCUGCGUAUGAAGACAAAUCUGGCAACAUCUGGUUCUUCCAAGGUGACAGCUACUGGGUGUUUGACGCCGAGAGAAAGAUUACAGGACCAGAUUCUGUGCGGAAGCUGGGUCUUCCUGUAACAGAUAUCCAAGCUGCUUUGAAGUGGGAAGAGGACCGUGUUGAGAAAGUCUACCUCUUCAAGUCUGCAUCUUACUGGCCCUUCAAUCCUCAGGAGAAUCGAGUUGACGAUGUCUAUCCUCGUAGCAUGUACGAGUGGGAAGGAGUGCCCAGUCGUAUUGAUGCAGCCUUUCGGGACAGAUAUGGCUAUGCCAAUUUCCUGAGUGGACCACACUAUUGGAAGUUAGACCCUGUGGCGUUGAAGGUGCUUGAAGGCUACCCCCGCAACAUCGGCAUGGAUUUCUUUGGCUGCUCUGCCUUUUUGUCUAAAUAAGUUCAUACCCACAUGUCUCAUAAACUUGUGAACAGCAGUGAGUUGAUUUUUCAGCUUAAUUCCCCAUACAAAACAUUUAGCCUGUCUUAGAAAUAUAUACAAUCAAGUCUGAUGUAUUUCAGUAAGAUGAUCCAAAACCCAUAAAUACAGCAACAAAUGUCCCAAAGGCAGUGCCUGCUGCAGCCAAAGUGCUGUAAUACAAUGGAUUUGCAUUUGAAAUAAUAUGUAAGUGGUUUCUAGAUUUUCUUGUGAGUCUAAAUUAACAGUCAGUCAGUAUGUGCUUACUUUUGUAGUGUCAGGGAUGAUUUUGUUAAUUUGAGAUGAACAUACAAAUCUGAAGAAGAUAGCUGGUUAAAACUCUGGAUGGUGGUGACAUUUAGUCUCAACAAAGCUUAAAGUGAUGUGGUUUAUUGCAGUAGUUGUGUUGUGGAAAGAACAAGUAGUUGGCAGUGCAAGCAGGAUUACAAGACUGGGUGUAAGUACCCUUUAAUGUCAGUGGUGAAAAAAACAACACCUUACUUACUAGUAAAGUCGGGGCAUGUAUUAAGGUAUGUUUGCUGGAACUUGGCCAUAUGACACGUCUGACCACGUCUAAAAGAAAACAUUUUCUUUAUUUGUUGGAUUGACCACACCUGAAGGCAGCACAGAAAGAUUGCAUCAUCCUGGCUGCAUAUGAAAAAUGUGGCUUUUCUCAUUAUAUAUUAUUGUCAAAAUUAUUUACUUUACUAAUUAUGAAACAAAAAAAUAAUUAGAUACAUUACUUGUUACUUACAAUACACUCUCUAUAUACAGUUAUUCAGCACAGCACCAUUAAAGGUGUUACACCUCCUGUAUUUAACAUGUAGAGCUAGAAAACCACUAUGUUUACAUCACUAAUUUUCCACUAUUAUUCUGAAUAUGACAAUAUUGCCAAUUUGAUACAGGUCAUGUAAACAGCAUACUCCACUUUGAUAUCUGAAUUAUACCUUAUUGCAAAUGUAGCAUUUUCUGAUUAAGAUGUGGGAUAUGUCAAUAUAAUUCAGGUAUCGGGAGCAUUCACGUUCGGAACAUGGUUCUGUUGGGAUGUUGCGAGGUGUCCCAUGUGUAGUUGGCAGUACGUUAUUUUUUCCACUUCAUGAUGGUUUACUUUUAGCAUGAGUUAUUGUUCUACCAUAUAAACUGGGUCAUUUUAAUACAAUCCAUUUUAUGAUCAAUUAUAUACAGUUCUGUGUUUAAAAUCAAACUCCAUUUAUAGCAAUUCAUAGAUUCAACAUCACAGGAAAUCUCUCUACCUCCCUGCAAGAACUCUGUCUUUUGUGUCUUCGUAGUUUAGAUUCAGUUAAUCAUACAAAGUGGGAAAUUGGUGCACACUUUAGAGGCACUGGAACUAAAUUACAGAAACAAAAGCCACACUGACAGGAUGUAUUCAAGUGCCUUGAAAAGGAAUUUGUUUUGCUCUGCUCUGCUAGGAGACCACUUGUGGCAGUGCGAUGCUGAAACGUACACUC